AUGUCAACGCACCUGUUGAUGGCCAACUUCUAUGACGUGCUUCGGGUGAGCUCGACCGCAAAUGUGGAUGAGAUCAAAUUGGCUUUCAAGAGGAGAGCUCUCCAAGUUCAUCCCGAUAAAGGUGGCAGCAAAGAAGAAUUUCAUUUGGUCUACCAAGCACUUGAGACAUUGGCUGACCCCAAGGCACGAAAAAAGUAUGACGCUGCGUUAGCCCUGAAGUCCACAAGGGCAUCCGCCAAAGGGGUGCCGAGGCCGAAGAAAAAGACGACAGUUUUUUCCAUGCAAAAGCCAUCAGCACAGGGCCCUGCGCCACGGCAACCAGCCAAGCCUGAAAAAAAGAAUCGGCCCCAGAGCGAUGCAAAAAAAGGUGCAGGAAGACCUCAAUCUCCGGAGUCGCAGCAAACAAAGUUGUUGAAGAAGAUCCAGCACCUACUUCAGCAGCUGCCUCGUGACCGGCGGCAUCAUGUGAUCACUACGAUGUUCUCACAGCAACAGCGGGAGAUGUUGGAAAGGUGGAUGGUGGAUGCCCAGACACGGCAGCCGCAGCCACGACAGCCACAGCCAGUGGCUGUUGCUGUGCCUAGCUGUCCCAAGGCAACUGCUCCGAGUUCUUCGGAAGAGCUGCGUUCACAGGUGCUGCAAAAGUCCCAAGGUGCCUUGGCCCUGCCAGAUGUGGAGAGGAAGGCGAGCCGGAAGGCUUCAGCACGGAUUAAAGAUAAAGCUGCCAAACAGAUGAAGAGGAUCAGAAGCAUGUGUGGCACCAUCACAAAAGAAAGAGGCUGGAAGAAUGAGACUUAUUAUUACAGAACCCGUUUGCGCUUUGAUGCCAUUGACAUUUCGACUGGAAAAUGUGAUCUUCCAACAGCCCUAGAGUACUUGGUCAUUCUCACUGCGGUGAAGCAGAAGAUGAGAGACCCCAGCAACGAUGCCACCUUUGAGCAACGAUUACAAGAAGCUCUAGCAACAUCAGCAAAGGAGCAAGGAAAAUCAGUGGCUGAACUGAAUCUGCGCUUUUCGGUCCUGCAAGCUGCUGCCUUCUUUGUAGGACCCGGGUGCCUGGUUCGCACCCCCAAGGUGCGUAGCAUUGAAGCACUUGGCAGGAUCAGGGAGUGUUUGCAAUCUUUCCCUCAAUAUGGGAAACACAUUGGUCUGCAAAGUGUUUUUUGGCGCUGCAGCCCUGCUGAGCUUCAAGAUGGCUGGGAACGAUUUCAGACUGCGGUUGUUGCAGCCUGGGAAAUUGCAGGGGAAGACUCCAUCGACUACAUGCGGAAACUGCGUUUGAUGCAUGAGGCAAGUGUUGGUUUCCGCACCAGGCACCUGCAAAUCUGGGAGCAGCGACACAUGGCCAUGCAGGACAGAAACAGGCACCGGCCCAAGAGGUUGCAAGACCGCAGCACCAAGCCAUUGGAAUGUCAGGAGCGAUUACGGAUGGCAGCACAUGACAAACAGCGUCCAAGGGACUUGAGAAAAGAGAGGCACAGCCAUUUUCCCGAGCCUUGGGAGAGGGAGCAAAUGGCCCUGGCGGACAAGAACAAACAAAGACCUCGGAGACUGCGAGUGCCUUUGCAGCGGAAUCGGCAGAUAUUUCUCUCCAGGAUCUUGGCGGUUUUGAGCCAAGUCCUUGCGAGAUGGGAGCGCAUCUUGAGACGAGAAGCAGAGCUGGCAGAGAAAGAGCAACGCAGAGUCCUGCGCCAACGAGAGCUGGAUCAGAAGAAAGAGAUGGAGGAGCAACCUGGCUUUGGAUACUUUUUUUUGAGACAACGAGAAGAGGAGCGAGAAAGGAGAGAAUUCUUGGCCAAGAAGAUGCGAUCAGACCUCACUAUGGAUGAAAUCCUUGGCACAAACCAUGGCGUGCGCUUGUUGCCGGAGAUCGAGUAUGUGGAGGGCGAUCCUUACAAUUCGGAUCCGCAAGAUGUUUCUCUCAUGAGUGAAGAGGUGAAAGAACGAUUGGAGAAAGGAGAAAAGCUGAAAACCACCAAGAAGCGCACGCCCUUCGUGGAGCUGCCUCUGGGCGCCACGGAGGAUCGGGUCACCGGCACCAUCGACAUCGAGCGGGCGCUGAAGGAAGCUGGCAAGGCGUUUGAGCCUGGAAUUUUAGCUCGGGUGAAUCGGGGGAUCCUCUACAUUGAUGAGUGCAACCUCUUGGACGACCAACUGGUGGAUGUCUUGUUGGACAGUGCAGCUGGGGGUGUCAACACCGUGGAGCGCGAGGGUGUCAGCGUGAGACAUCCUGCGCGCUUCGUGUUGAUUGGCACUUCUCAUCCUGAUGAGGGCGAUCUAAGGCCGCAACUCUUGGAUCGCUUCGGCUUGACCUGCAGCAUUCGCACGGCCCUGGCGGCGGAGAAGCGAAUGGAGGUCUUGUCCCGGGCCUACGAAUGGUCCCAGAGCCCCGAGAAGAUUGAAGCGCAGUGGGCCUCCACGGACGAGGCCUUCAAGGAUCUGGUGGUGGACGCUCGGGAGAGGUUGAAGGAUGUGAAGAUGCCCAGAGAGUUGGCUCUGAAGAUCUCCAAGGUCUGUUCUAAGCUGAAUGUCGAUGGACUGAGAGGUGACAUUGUGACCAACCGAGCCGCGCGAGCGCUGGCGGCGCUGGAGCGGCGAACGGAAGUGGAUGAAGAGGAUGUGCGGCGUGUCACUGUCCUCUGCUUGCAGCAUCGACUGAGAAAGGACGUGGUCUCGGAUACCUUGGACAACACCGCCCUGGUGGUCAAGGUGCUCCUCCAGGAGUUUGGCAAAGGACCUCCGCCGGUGCGACCUGUGAUGAGAUUUCUGGAGCCAGUAGCUGCCUGA